UUGUGCUUAGGAGUUGUAGGCUUGUAGGCGUAGCAACUCCUCUUUUGGUUCAAUUGCCUCACAUCUCUCUCGAUCAGCAGCAAGACCACCGGAGACUCUGUACGGUGUAGAGAGAAUGGAGACGGCAGGACAGUGGUUGGAGAAGGCGUUACUAGAUCUUUGCCGGAAGACAGACGGUUUGGAAUUAGAUGGAGAUCUCAUCUCAGGGCUAGUCUCCUACUGUGACCUUGCUCCUCCUGUUGACGCUAAGGAGUACCUCGAUAAUAUAGUUGGUGAGGAAGCUGGUCGACCCGUGAUUAAUGAAUACCUGAAACGAAGAGGUUAUAUAGAGACCACCACCCCGCCAGAUCAUCCAACCACCCAAUUCCGUGAGUAUGUCAAACCACCAUCAAAAGAAACCGUUGUCAUGUCUAAAAAACCAGUAAAACCUCCAAAAGAGACUCCACCCUCCACUUCCAAGCAUGUCACAGCUCAGAUCACACAACCACAAAACCAACAAACGGGAAGUCAAAGCAAGUCAAAGAAGAAAAAAACUGGGAAAGUCAUAUCUCUUGCUGAAGCUUCUAAGGGUUCGAUCAUAUUUCAGCAGGGGAAACCAUGCUCAUGUCAAGCCCGUAGACACAGAUUGGUUAGUAAUUGUUUGUCUUGUGGGAAGAUUGUGUGUGAACAGGAAGGAGAGGGACCUUGUAGUUUUUGUGGGGCCCUUGUUUUAAGAGAAGGAAGCACGUAUGCUGGCUUAGAGGAAGAAACCGUUCCCUUGUCGGAUGCUGAGGUGGCAGCUGAAGCUUAUGCAAAAAGACUUGUUGAUUAUGACCGCAACGCUGCUGCUCGUACAACGGUUAUAGAUGAUCAGAGUGACUACUAUGAGAUUGAAGGGAAUAGUUGGUUGUCAAUGGAGGAAAAGGAGCUUUUGAGGAAGAAAAAAGAGGAGAUAGAGGAAGCUGAACGAGUUAAUCGCAGCAAGGUUGUCAUAUCGUUUGACUUAGUUGGGCGUAAGGUUCUUCUGAAUGAAGACGAAGCGUCUGAACAGUUUCAGAAGAGUAUCAUGCUACAACCUGUUAAUGAACGAGAAGUGAACCGCAUCAAGCCCAAUCCGACACUUGAAAUACAACCGGUUUUUAUCGACCCGGGCAACAGAAAGAAAAAGCCCGAGGUGAAGACCAAGAACAGUCAUGUGAAAAAAGGUGUAUCUACUGGCUUGUGCUUGGAAAUUAGUGGGAGAGUGCAACAUGAUACUAGUGAGAACUAAAACACCAUCACCAUUUGGUGGAUAUUAGCAACUUUUAAGAUGGAGGUUCAGCAGAUGGCCGCGGGAAGGCGAAGGCGUGACCGUACACUUCCUCAAUUUAUGAUUAUGAUUUCUGGGAACUCUGAUGUUUAAACUAUUUUGAAAACAAAUUGUAAUAACUGAAUGGUUUUAUAUGAUUUAAAAAGUUUUAAAUUGGCU